AUGAUCCUUGUUGCCCCGGAUUCAAUUGCCCCGAAGUCAUUAGGGGUACGGCUGGAGACGUUGGGUCGCGGGGUGAUACCCCAGGACAAUAGCUCCUUGGGUCAUUGUUCCUGCAAUCGGUCGCUUUCAGUUCUUGUGGCGCACCGUUGGGGCGUCGUUAAGUGCCUUGUCGCUUACUCUCAGGUGUUACCAGAGCGUCAUCUCAUUCAGGACCGGGAAGGUGUCAAUAGCACGAAUCACGCAUCAUCCAUGGAGACUCCGCGGCGUGCUCAGAAUUAA